GUUUGUUAGUUACUGGUUGUCAAGGAUACCAAAUUACUCUCUCGCUGCAUACAGAAAACGUCAUUUUCAUUUUCAGUUGAAAUGGAUGAGAUUGGGAGUCUAGAAGUCAGGUGGGCACAGGGGUUUGCAAAGCAAAGAGUGGUGUUCAUUGACACGAUAACAGCAUGUUAUACGUGUGGAAACCACAUCGUUUUCCUUAACAUUGACUCCAAAAAGAGAACUGUCCUCCAAAGCCCUGGCAAAGGCAUCGGUGCAUUCACAGCCAGUGGGACUUCUAGGGUUUUGGCUGUCUCUGAGCAGAGGCUGAACCCUUCAAUAUUCGUGCUCAGCUAUCCUGAACUCAAGUUAAAACAUGAGCUGAAAGGCACAGCAACGCUUGACUAUACUUCUCUGGCGUUGAGCGAUGUCGGUCCAUACUUAUGCUGCUAUUCCUCUCUGCCAGAUCAUACCAUCACAGUGUGGAACUGGGAAAACGCAGAGAUAAUCUGUACUCAACCACAAGCUGGAAAAGAUGUAAUUUAUUUGGUUUUCAACCCAAUGAAUUGGCAGCAGAUAUGUGCUCUGGGUUCAAAAACCCUCACAGUGUGGAACAUCGAGAAGAGCGAUACACAUCACAUCCUGAUGAAAAGAGAACUUCAUCUCCCAGCAGCCGAUGGCUCCCUGAUCGAGAGAGAAGGCCCGCCCUCACACAUUGUGAACGGCAGGCUCACCUACUGGGGCCCUCAGAUGCCAGCGUCUGCUAUAGCCGGCCUAAAAGGAGUCAGGGCAGAUGGCUUUCUGGAGCGUAGGACCCCCAGACUGACCCCACUGGCCGCAUGCUGGACCCCCGCCGCUGAGCUCUACGUAGGCUGUCAGGAGGGGUACCUGCUGCUGGCCAACCCGGACGCCCCUUCUGUCCGCAUCCUGUACAACCCCACAGCUCCUGAUGCAAACCCUGAACUCAAAGAUGGUGGGUUCCAGAGUUUGGCUCUUCACAGUGAUGGCUUGUAUGUUGCAGGAAAGGAUCAUCUCCUGCACUGCUUGAAGGUAAACGGGACCAGAGUUGAGAUCUCCCAGACGCUUGAAGUGGAGGAGGCCAUCAGGACCAUUGUCUUUUCCCCUGACUACAAUUCCUUACUAUUGGUCUCAAGCUCGGGGCAGAUCUACAGACACCAACCGCUCAAGCCGGGUUCGAUGGAAAACAUCCUGGAUGUCCUCACUGGAGGCUUUGUAGCUGCAGCUUCCAUGGGCCAGGAUACGUUUGUGUCAUUGAGGGAGUGUGGUGAACUGCAGCAGUGGUCCUCUGAGGGCGAUCUGACAGGGUCACUAUCCCUUCGAACCCAGGUCUCCUGUCUAGCCUGUUGUCCUGCUUCCCACUAUGCUGCGAUUGGAACCCUCUCAGGCCACCUGUUGUUUGUUGAUCUGAGCAGCGCGGGGCGACCGCGCCUCGUCCUCAAGAUCCAUCUGUACCGCAGGCCCGUGGACUGCCUGGUGUUUGACGAAGGAGGAAACAUUCUUGUCUGUGCGUCCGAUUCCCACAUCUUCCUACUGGACGCCAAACCGUCGAAAACAUUUGCGGUCAUAGGAUACACAGUCGCUCCCGGCAGGCCCGUUCUAUCCCUGUCCACCCAACACAAGAGAGGUUCUGAGCGGGUGCAGGUUCUAGCGCUGUGCCCCGGACCCAAGGACCCCAAGAACGGAGGGGGAGGAGGAGGAGGAGGAGGAGGAGGAGGAGGAAGUCUUUUCCACCUGCUCUCUCUCUCUCUGAAGGAGCUUUCAGGUCCAAGUUGCGCGGACGCACACGGCCGUCUAUCUGCAAACACUUUCCAGGCGAGCACGUAUGAGGCGCCACGUGCACUCCAGUCAUGCGUGCUGGGCGUCGGGGAGAUCUUUGCGUGCUGCGAGGAGCUCAAGACUUUGCAGAGAUUUAAAGUGUCCCAGGAUGCAGGCGGUGUUCCCGGGCCAACGGUGUGCCAGCUGGGGCCGGAGGAGGAAGUGGAGGGUCAUCCUCUGGGGCCCAGCCUCCUGGCCCUGUCCCCUCACGGCUCCUGGCUGGCGUCGGUGGGAAGGGACGGCCUGCUGCGACUGCGUACCACCGCCGCUCUGGAUAGGUACGCUGAGAUAGAGUGUCACUCGUGUCGCCUGGGAGGCGCUGGUGGCCUCUCCUUCUCUGCCGACGGCCAGACGCUAGUCACUGCAGGCUUGGGGGACGGUUCCCUUGUCUGCACUAGGCUGAGAACUGAAACGUCUGGCAGCUCAGAGGCCGGAGAAGCCACAUAUUACUGCCAAAGUGCCGCUCGGCAAUUGGAGAACGUCCUGAAAGUAGAGAAUGCCGCGCUGGGGGCCAUGACUGAGGGCCCCCAAGGGUCCUUGCCUCCUUUAGGCUCCCCACGCCCAGGGACAGAGGAGGUCAGUGAGGUCAGUGACGCCACGGAGAUGUCACCAGAGCUGGACGAGGGGGACCCCAAUUUGACCUCCGACCCCACCUGGCUGGAAACCAGAGAAGAGGCGGUUUUGGAGGCGGAGCAGCAACGGUAUUCCGAGAAAAAGGAAGAAAUAAGAAAAGGCAUAAAACAAUUGCUUGACACUAGUGGGGAGAGGAUGCUGGCGAACGAGGAGCUCCCAGAUAUCUGGCGUCUGGACGGGCACGAGUUCAACUUGGACGUGGGCGAGCAGAGGAGGUUAGAGGUCGACGGAGAGCGGGAGGUCGCCACGGUGAGGGAAGAGAUAGAAAUGGGGAACCUGGCCAAAAGCUACCUGCGUGAACUCCUCAAAAGAGACUGCUGGGACUCCAUGAAGGUGAAAGGAAAGGCCAUCAAGGGCUUCCAUUCUGACCUUGAAGUGAAGAACUAUCCGAUGAAGGAGCGAACAGGGAAAGAACUGGACGAUCUCCUCAGGGUGGAAAGUAUCAGAGCCAUAGAGACGGCCAACCGCAUUGUAAGCAGCGAGAGGAGGGAGAGGAGGGAGAGGAGGGAGAGGGGGGGGGGGUCCGACGUCCAGGCCGCAGCUCUGACCGGGAGUUUCGCGGGCCAGCUCGGCUGCUCGAACCCCCACCUCUACGAUCAGUUCAACCUGCACGUCACAGAGCAGAAGAUCAACCAGAUAACUCUGCUCCAGGAUGUGAUCUGCAGAGUCAAGAAGGCGUUCAACGGCGAGUUCGACGGCGUGCGCAAGCAAAAGGAGCAGGAGAUGAGCCGUGUCCGGGAGAAGAACCGGCGCAUGGCGGAGAUCAUGGGGGAUUUGGAGGCCAACCGGGAGCUGUGGGAGCCUACCCUCGGGGACAGCGAGCAGCCAGAGAGGGCCCUCACUGUGGAGGACUCAGAGAUAACAGUAGAAAAGUACCUCACCCCGCAGCAAAAGAAGAUUGAGGAGGAGAAGAAAAAACUGGAGGAACAAAUGCUUUUGGCUGCCAAGGGAGAUAACUCCAGAGACAGAGCGCUGGGGGACAUGAUGGGAGGGGCCAUUCAAGUCAAGAAAGAAGACAUCUUGAAGAAGGAAGUUAUUCAGCCUGAGUUUGCUGUGUGCAAACCGGAGCUGCAGUGGAGCGACGAGGAGAAGAAGAUCUACAAAGACUAUGAGAAGAAGGCCAAGGAUCUCAGUGAAGAGCAGGACAAAUACAAGAAGACACUGGAAAGUGAAAUGAAAAAAAUGCAGGCGUCCAUAUUGGAGUCAACACAAGGGUUUGAUGAAGUCUUGGCCAAACUGUUCGAGAGGAAAUUGAAAUCAGAGACAGUUAUAUACCAGGAGGAGCUGAAGAUAGCCCACCUGGUGUACUCCAUGUUGAUAGAGGAGGAGAUAAGGAACCGGGAGAGAGAGCUGGUGCUCAGCAUGGAGAGGCGGAGGGCAGACAAGAACGCAAUCGUGGAGGAACUGAGGAAUGUGAGCGAGGGUGUGGAGCUCUGUCGAAAAGCCUAUGACAACGUGGUGGCUGAGGACAGACUUCUGGACAAAGGGUUUAGGAAGCAGUUCUUCGAUGUUCAAGCACAUGUUGUGGAUCAUCUCUAUAAGCUGUUCAAGCACAGACCCAGAGUCCAGAGGAUGAGGGACCAAGCGGACAACAAGCCUUUUAAUAAGCGCUUCUCGCUGGGCGGGGCGGCCAGCGACGGCCUGGGCCAGAUGCUGCAGGCCAUGGAGGAGCUGGACUCCCCGGAGAACACCCCGGCUGGCCUGGAGCCGACCGUCUGGGAGCGCUUCUGUCUGGUCCGCAGGGCCAAGGUGGAGGGCGAACAACAGGUGAAGGUGAAGGCCCUGACCCUGGCCGAGAUGCAGGCCUUUCUCCAGAAGCGGACUGAUGAAGACGAGACAGCAAAACAUGAGAUCCAAACUCUCAUGGAUGAAAUCAACGGCCUGCGGGAGCAGAAGGUGCGCUUCCAGCUGGACCUCCUGGUGCAGGUGCUGCUGAGGCAGGGCCAGGUGGAGGUGGAGGUCAGCCCUGCCCUCUGCAUCCCCGACCACAGGGACUCUGUGAUGCACCACCGCAGCGUGGUGGAGGACCUCAGCGCCAACAUCAAGACGCUGGGGGGGCAGAAGAUCGCCACCAUGGUGGAGUGCAAGGACUUCCGGAAGGGCAUCAUCCAGCUGGAGUGGGAGCAGCGGAGGAUCCAGAUGCAGACGGAGCACUACGAUAUGCAGACCAGGGACAUCCAGAAGCUGCACCUGUCCAAGGAACAGCAGGAGUAUUUAAACCAGAUGGAUCUUGAAAUGGUGGACCAGGGUUCUAGUCUGGAGAAGCACACCGCCUUUGAUGACAAGAGUCCUCAGGAGAAGAUCAGACAGGUGUCCAUGCGGGCAGCGAUCAAAGCGGAGCAGAUUGCUGUGUUGGACCAAGAGUUGGCGGAGAUGGAGGUGGCUGUGUCUGAGAGGAGCCAUAUUUAUGACUCCACAGCCGUGGAGGCCGACCAGGGCGUGGAGCGGGAGGCAGAGCUCUACCAAGAGAUCGUUCAGCUGAAGAACUUGAAGCACCUUGCCAGAACCCAGGCCCAGGAACUGGCCCUACUCCGGGAACAGCUGGAGGUCUCCAGGAUGAAGAACUUUCCCACACUCAAUUAGUUUCAGAACACACACAAUGAAAACACAGGAUGCAUGUCACAUGGUAGAAUUGGGAAAAAUAAUUUAUUAAUACAGACAAAACGAAACAGUUAAAGCAACCGGUUCCUGAAACUGUCAUGUUGUAAUGGUUUGGAUUUUAAUAAUAAAUAUAUAUAAGCAUGUUUAAUCUGUAAA